GAGGACCUGCCUAGCCCAUCAAGCAACAGUCGCCAGUCCGGACUCCGGAGUAAACCGUGGCCAAAGAGAGACGGCCUGCCGCCGCCUGGCCACCCCCGCCGGAGUUCUUCCACGAGCUUCCGCCCGCCUCUGCCGGGCUACACGCGGCUCCGCCAAGCCUCCCCGCACGGCCCCGCUCCCGCUCUCCGCCAGUGGCUAGGUCGCCGACUCGCCGUCUCCCACAAAUAGGUCUCCCUGUCUCAGCGAUUUCUUCGGCCUGCAGCCCCCAACGCCCAAACUCUUUUUGGGGGUGCUUUGGGUAAGCAAGUCCUGGCUCCACCGCCUGACGCCCUCCUCCGUGCUGGAAUAUCUUGUUUGCCAGGAAAAUGCCUCGCAAGAUUUUCUCCGGUCCCGAUUGUGAUGAUGAGUACGAUGAUUAUGAUGAGUAUGAGGAUGAUUAUUAUGAUUCUGAUGAGGCUGGACAGGGUGACAUUCAGCCACCUGUGAAGGAGAAAGAGUCAUUGAAGAAUUCAUCAAAUAAAGUGCCUGUUCUUUGGAAGUGCUCCAUGUGCACAUUUGACAAUCAUGAAACUAUGGUAUAUUGUGAGAUGUGUGGGGUUUUCCGGGAAUCUUUCGUCAAAUCUGCCAAGGAUGGUUUGAUAAAAGGUUCCAUCAAUGGAGUAUCAAGUGAUUCUGGGACAUACGCAGUGUCAAGCUCUGAUUCUGCCAAGAUUCCAGCGAAGACUGGUACGACAAACUUUCAUGGUGAUUCCGAGAAAAAGUGUGCUAUCACAUCCAAUGAUAAAGUUAAUUCCACACAGCUAGCAUCUGUUGGUAGCUCAUCAGGCACCGGAAGAAAGAAGCAACCCAUUAUACGACCUGAAGAAGACGUGCCUGUCGAGAGGACAAGUCAAUUGAUUGCCGAUCAUUUUCAACCCAUGGGGGACCAGAGUAGUAGGGCUAGCAGCUCGGCACAGAAUAAGGAUUCGAUGCAGACACUUUCUUCGAGCAUAAGUGAGUUAAGUAUAGAAAAGAAUAAUAUAAAUGUCACAAAACCUUAUUUACUAGAAGACUAUAAGGCUGAGGAAUGGAUGCUAGCUGAUCAAGCGUCCGGGAUGCUGAGCCAACUAAACCUUGCAAUAGUGGGUCAUGUUGAUUCUGGCAAGUCAACACUCUCUGGGAGAUUGCUGCACCUAUUAGGAAGGAUAUCGAAAAAAGAGAUGCACAAAAAUGAGAAGGAGGCCAAGGAGAAAGGAAAGGGGUCAUUUGCUUAUGCAUGGGCCAUGGAUGAGAGCACUGAAGAAAGAGAAAGAGGUGUCACAAUGACAGUGGCUGUGGCUUAUUUCGAGACCAAGAAGUACCGUGUAGUUUUGCUCGACUCUCCCGGCCACAAAGAUUUUGUGCCAAAUAUGAUAUCUGGUGCAACACAAGCUGAUGCAGCUAUUCUUGUGGUUGAUGCUUCAACUGGUUCUUUUGAAGCUGGCAUGAAUGGUGCAGGAGGGAUAAGUAUUGGGCAGACAAAGGAGCAUGCUCAGCUUAUUAGAAGCUUUGGUGUUGAACAGCUUAUUGUUGCAGUCAACAAGAUGGAUGCCAUUGGGUACUCCAAAGAAAGAUUGGAGUUCAUCAAGGUACAACUUGGAAGUUUUCUGCGGUCAUGCAACUUCAAAGAUUCAUCUGUCACCUGGAUUCCUCUAAGUGCUGUAGAAAAUCAAAAUUUGAUUCAACCUCCUUCGGAUGCUCGUUUUACCUCCUGGUAUCGAGGGUCCUGUCUCUUGGAUGCUAUAGACUCAUUGCAGCUUCCUUCUCGGGAUGUUACAAAACCCCUCGUUCUUCCUAUAUGUGAUGUUAUCAAGUCUCAGUUGACAGGACAGCUUGCAGCUUUUGGAAAAUUAGAAGCUGGGGCUAUUCGAAAUGGUUCAAAGGUUUUAGUUUUACCCUGUGGGCAAGAAGCAACAGUGAAAACCAUCGAACGAGACUCUAGUUCAUGCAGCAUAGCGAGGGCUGGUGACAAUGUAUCAGUUUGUUUACAGGGUGUUGAUGGUAACCGAAUAAUACCUGGUGGGGUUCUUUGCCACCCUGGUUUCCCGGUUCUUGUAGCCGACUACCUGGAGCUAAAGAUUCGUGUAUUGGACAUCACUGUUCCCAUUCUUAUUGGUUAUCAGGUGGAGUUUCACAUACAUCAUGUAAAGGAAGCUGCAAAAAUAACAAAAAUCAUGGCAUUACUUGACAAGACAGGCAAGCCAAGUAAAACAGCACCACGAUUUCUUAAAUCAAAGCAGAGUGCUGUCGUACAGGUCAAGCUAGAUGGAGCUGUCUGUGUUCAGGAAUUCUCCAAGUGCCGAGCUCUUGGGAGGGCAUUCUUAAGGUCGUCUGGAAGCACAAUCGCUGUUGGUAUCAUAAAUAAGAUUUUGGGGCAAUAUCAGAACUAAAAGACCUGUUCCUAUGUUGUCAAAAACCUGGACGUAGCUGCCUCGCAAGAUCUGUACCUCAGUUGACUCACUUCUACUAGCAGGCCAUUCCAAAAGCAUGGCGAUGCCAAUUUUGUUUUAUUUUUGCUCCUCGCCAUAGCUGUUGUGCGUUAUACUGCUGAGAUAUGCCUUGUAAAAAUAUCUACACCCGUGGGUUAUUUGUCUUAAAUUCUGAGUUUCUUUUGGUUAAGCUGGUAAACGUAACUAUACCUUCGGCCUGUGGGUUGUGACUAACGUUCACAUUUUUUUAUA